AUGGAUAAGAAGCUCUCGAGUGUCAACAUGGACCCGGAAUCAACUACGCCGGCACCGCAGCGGAGUAAAGUCCGCCUUUUUGCCAUCAUGGUGGCUCUUUCGUUGUCCAUGUUCGUUGCCGCGCUAGAUCAGACAAUAAUGGCUACAGCGAUUCCAACAAUCGCUGCAAAACUUCACUCGGCAGCCGGAUAUACCUGGAUUGGAGGCGCUUACCUUCUUGCUAACGCUGCAGGCGCCUGCAUUUGGGCCAAGCUGUCCGACAUAUGGGGUCGCAAACUCAUUUUACUUCUAGCGGUUGUGUGGUUCUUUAUAAGCUCAAUAAUCUGUGCCACUGCUGUGGAUAUGCCAAUGCUUAUCGCUGGUCGUGCGCUGCAAGGCGUCGCUGGUGGUGGUUUAAUCCAGCUGGUUACGAUCGUUAUCUCUGACCUUUUCAGUAUUAGGCACCGAAGUCUCUAUCUUGGAUUGAUGGAAUUGAUGUGGGCUCUGGCUGGUGGCAUUGGUCCACUUCUUGGCGGUGCAUUUUCCGAGUACGUCUCUUGGAGAUGGAACUACUGGAUCAAUUUGCCUGUUUCAGGGCUUGCAUUCAUACUGUUAUUGUUCUUUUUGGAUGUUCACAAUCCCCAAACCAAGAUCAUGGAUGGCUUCCGGGCUAUUGACUGGUUUGGAAGCAUAUCUAUCUUGGGCCUCACCUUGAUGCUGCUCCUGGCAUUAGAUUUCGGCGGCGAGACAUUUUCUUGGAGCUCACCGCAAGUGAUCUGCAUGAUCGUGUUUGGGUCGCUUUGCUCUUUGCUAUUCAUUUAUAGCGAGAAACGGCUUGCCAAACACCCUCUGAUGCCACUAAGUCUCUUUUCUAGGGUGUCUAAUAUUGCUAGCCUCGCAGUGGCCUUUGCACAUGGUUUUGUGUUUAUUGCUGGAGAAUACUAUAUCCCGCUGUACCUGCAAUCAGUGAAAGGUGCAUCAGCUAUGCGAUCUGGAGUGAUGGUCCUGCCCCUUGUCGUCACUGAAGCCUUCUCCGGCAUAGUCACAGGCGCAAUUAUCCAUCGGACUGGACGAUACCUAGAGCUUAUUUGGCUAGGGCUGGCCUUGCUGGCGAUUGGAAGUGGUUUAUACAUCCAUCUCAAUACCCACUCAUCUCUAGGUGAGAUAAUUGGUUAUCAGAUUGUUAGUGGUAUUGGAGCUGGAUUCCUUUUCCAAACCCCAAUUAUCGCUAUUCAAGCAAUGGUAUCCCAGGAAGAAACAGCGACCGCGACUGCUACACUUGGUUUCAUUAGAAAUCUGGCAACGGCUGCAUCAAUUGUCAUUGGGGGUGUUGUUUUCCAAAACAGCAUGGCUCACAUGAAGCCUGAAUUUCUGGCUGCUGGAAUGUCAGAGUAUAUGGCGGAGAAGAUGUCGGGAGAUUCUGCUGCAGCAAAUAUUGAGCUCAUAAAGACCAUUGAGGAUGCGACCCAGGUGCUUACUGUUAGAAAUGCCUUUUCCUGGAGCUUGCGAAAUAUGUGGAUCAUGUAUACAUGCAUGUCUGGCUUGGGUAUAUUUGCAAGUUUCUUCGUUUUGAAGAUCCGCUUGGGGAAGGAACAUGUGGAAACAAAGACUGGACUCAAAGAGGAAACUACUGUUGGAACUGCGCUCACCAUCCAAGAAUAA